AUGUCUUUAUACGACGAUCUUGACACUAUAAAAGCUCGAACUACUGAAAAAGUUGCAGGAUGGUCUUCAGGAAUUAAGUUAUUGCAGUCACAGUUACAAUUGAAGAAAGCUGCAGUAACUCAACCGAAAAGAGAAGCAUUGCGGCGGUCUAACCAGGUCUUAACACCUGUUAUAGAUUUAAAGAGUAAACAAAAGGAUGAAGAUGAAACAAAUUCAAAUAGUCCUAAUUCACAAUCCAAUACUUUUAAUGCUUCUAUGAAUGUAAGAGAUUUUGACUGGAAUGUUGCAAAUGAAUAUGAUCCUAUGUGGCCUAAUGACUAUGAAAAGGUUGCAAAAGAAAUGCAAGCUAAGAGACUACAACUUGAUGGUGGGGAUAGGGAUAGAUCAGAAAGGAAACGUAAAUCACGUUUUGGUGAUGAUGAUGCUAUUCCAGAGAAAACUAUGAUACCUAUGCAACCUGAAGAAGAGGAAGCUGAAGAGAUAUCAAAGAGAGCAGCAGGAGCAGCUAUUGCCCCACCUCCCUCACUUACAGUGGAAACUCCAUCAACUCCUCUGCUAUCAAAUGCACCUGCAGCUCCUAGCUUCUCCCUCGGUGGUUAUGGAGCCAGUUCGGUUGCGGCUAAAAUUAUGGCCAAAUAUGGAUUUAAAGAAGGACAAGGUCUUGGUAAAAAGGAACAAGGAAUGUCAGUGGCACUACAAGUUGAAAAGACAUCAAAACGUGGUGGGAGAAUAAUUCAUGAAAAAGACACUGCUAUAGUACCACCUAGUUUUGCCCUACCUGCGCUGCCAGGACCUGAUUCACCAAAUUCAACUCAACUAGCAAAGCAAGAGCCAUCUAUUACAGAAAUAAUGAAAUCACCUAGUAAAGUUGUUUUAUUAAGAAAUAUGGUUGGGCCGGGCGAUGUCGAUGAAGAGCUUGAACCAGAAGUUAAAGAUGAAUGUAACACAAAAUAUGGAGAAGUCAUUAAAGUUGUUAUCUUUGAAUUGCCUAAUUCACCUCAAGAUGAAGCUGUGAGGAUAUUUGUUGAGUUUAAACGUAUUGAGAGUGCUAUAAAAGCAGUGGUUGAUUUGAAUGGACGAUUCUUUGGAGGUAGACAAGUUAAAGCGGGAUUUUAUAUGGUAGAGAAAUUUAAUGCCUUGCAAUUGACUGAAUAA